AUGCCUGUGGUUGUCUCUAAUUCAGAGCAACAUAUAACUGCCUCUAUGUCUUGGGGGGCUCAUCGAAUUCAGGUGACAUUUGUGCAUGCCAGCUGCUUCAGAGCAGAGAGAAGAAUUUUAUGGACGCUUUUGGCGGCUGAUUCCCCUUUGGUUCCUACCCCGUGGGCGUUGAUGGGUGAUUUCAACGCCACUCUUCACUCUCAUGAAAAGCGAGGCCCAGGGAACUUUAGUCUAGGCUCUGCAGCGGAGUUUGGAGCCAUGGUAGAUGCUUGCUCCAUGUCUCAGGCUCCCUCGAUUGGCAGAAAAUUCACUUGGACAAACAAUCGACGCAGUGGAAAUGUUUGUUCGGUUCUGGACAGAAGUUUCUGUAACGAAGAAUGGCUUGACAGUUUUCAGAAUUGUUCUCAAUAUGUUCUUCAACGUAUUGGUUCUGAUCAUGCCCCAUUGCUUCUUAUGUCUGAUUAUAGUCAGAGGCCUCAUAAUUGCCCAUUUAGAUUUCACCGAUUCUGGAUGGAUCAUGACGAUUUUGAUAGAGUGGUGGCGGAUUCUUGGUCGGAAUGGAUUUCGGGAGCGCCUAUAUAUGUCCUUGUCAAUAAGCUUAAAAAACUCAAGGGUGUGAUCAGAGACUGGGCAAGGUCUGUUUUUCCCCAUCUGGAUAGGGCGCUGGAAGAGGCAAAGAGGGAUUUAGCUCGGAUUCAGGAGCAGAUUGAUAUACAAGGUAUGGAUGAUCAGUUAUUUGCCUUGGAGGCUGAGGCUAAGACUACACUGAUCAAGGUCAUGGAGAAUCAUGAAAAAAUGUGGGCUGAAAAAGCAAGGAUUAGAUGGCUGAAAUUUGGUGAUAGGAAUUCCAAAUUCUUCCACCUUUCGACAAAAAUGAGGAGGAAUAAGAAUACGAUUAGAUCACUUAAGAAGCAGGACGGCUCUAUGGUUGAUGAUCCCAUCCAAAUAGGGAACUACAUAGUGGAUUUCUAUGAGAAUUUUCACAAAAUUACCCCGACGGUUCAGCAUGAGGAAUUACUGGAUAAUAUUCCCUUGAUCUUGAACCAAGCUGAUCAGUACCACUUGGAUGGCCUCCCUGGUGAUGCUGAGAUUAAAAAGGCUGUGUGGGAGCUUGAUCCGGAUAGCUCGCCUGGUCCUGACGGCUUCCCUGGGGCUUUUUUCAGAAGAUGCUGGCACAUUGUGGAAAAAGAAGUGAGCAAUGCAGUCAGAUUCUUUUUCAGCUCGAGCUACAUGCCGCAGGGUGUGAAUAAUAAUUUCCUUGUGUUGAUUCCAAAGGUAGAUGGGGCUGAUAAUCUAGGUAACUUCCGGCCCCUAUGCAUGGGCAAUUUCUUCUGCAAAAUUAUUACAAAGGUGAUGGCAUUGAGGUUGGAGCCUCUGCUUCCCAGAUUAAUAUCUGAUGAGCAAGGAGCUUUUCAAAAAGGAAAGAUUAUCCAUGAUAAUAUUACUGUUGCUUCAGAGCUUGCAAACUUGAUGUUCUCAUCCACCAGAGGAGGGGGUAUUGGAAUAAAAAUUGAUAUCAGGAAAGCCUAUGAUACAAUUGACUGGAAUUUUAUCUUUCAGGUUAUGCAUAGAUUUGGUUUUUCUGAGCGAUGGACAGGCUGGCUCAACCAAAUUCUAAUAUCUUCUAAGAUUUCAAUUCUAGUUAAUGGAGGUCCGCAAGGCUUUUUUAAUGUGGAACGAGGCCUGAGACAAGGUGAUCCGAUUUCGCCGAUGCUGUUUAUCAUUGCAGAAGAAGUUCUAUCUCGGGGAUUGAAGGGGUUAAUCCAGUCGAACCAAAUAAAGCCAAUUCAGGGCCCAAGUGGCGCUGAAACUCCAGGGCACAUUUUGUUUGCGGAUGAUAUCUUUAUAUUCACCAAUGCUUCCCAGAGGUAUGUCCACAAUCUAAAAAAUUUUUUGAUAAAAUAUCAAGAAUUUUCAGGUCAAUGCAUCAAUCUAGAUAAAAGUAAGCUCUUCCUCGGCAAGAUUAAUUCAGCAAGGAGGCAAAAUAUCUCUAAUAUUUUGGGAAUUCGAAGUUGUUGUUUCCCUACAAAAUAUUUAGGGGUUGAAAUCUUUAAGGGUCGGUUAAAAAAAACUGCCCUCAUGACUGUUAUGGACAGUGUGAAGAAGCGCCUUGCAGGGUGGAAGGGUAAGCUUCUUUCAAUGGCGGGAAGAACAGAAUUAGUCAGAUCUGUGAUUUCUAGUAUCCCUACUCACAAUUUUGCUGUAUACUGGUGGCCCUCAUCUCUUUUAGCUACUAUGGAGAGGUGGAUGCGAAACUUUAUAUGGACAGGGGAGGUGGAAAGUAUGAGAGCAAUUACAGUGAAGUGGAAUACUCUGUGCAAGCCCAAAGAAGAAGGGGGUCUAGGGAUCAGAAAGCUAAGAGAUUCAAAUAAAGCUAUGUUGUGUAAAAUGGUUUGGAGAAUUAAACAUGGGAAAUCGAAUGCUAGUUCAUUUCUUCGUGCAAGAUUUGUUAAAAAGGAUGGUAAAUUUUCCAAGGGAAGCAGACCUUCAUCAAUUGCCCUAGGGAUUCGGAAGUCAUGGGAUUUUGUGUCAGACCACGAGAGGUGGGUUAUUGGCAAUGAUGGGAGUUCUCUGGGAAAUCCAGGAAGGGCAGGUGCGGGUGGCAUUGCUCGUAACAAAGAGGGUCAGAUUUGCAACUCUUUCAGUAUUUAUUUAGGCAUUAAAAAAAUCUUUGAGGCUGAGUUUGAAGCGGUUUUGGAAGGACUAAUCAUGGCAAAGAGAUAUGGGGCGACUGAAGUGUGGGUUGAGUCAGAUUCGGCUGGUGUAGUGUCUGCUGUGCAGAAGAACCAAGUUCUAUGGUUAGUGCUUCAACGAUGGAGAGCGAUUCUCCCAUAUUUGAAUUCUAUUUCGUGGAAAAUUUCUCAUUGUUUUCGCGAGGCAAAUGUGGUUGCAGAUUAUUUGGCAAGGAAGGCUUCAAAAUCAGGAAUCACAGAGACCUCUGUGACAUUCCCCAGUCAUAUUAUGAUGGAGAUUGAAAAUGAUGCAAUGGACAGGAGUGGACAAGAGCACGUCUCUGAAAACCUUGUUGUCGACAUUGGGCCGAAGUGGCAGCACGGUCAGAUGAGAUGCCGAGAUGGCAGCACGGCCAGAUGGAGGGUCAAGAUAACAGCACGGACUGAUGGAUCAGGAAAUCAAGACAGGAUCGAGCAUGAGAUAAAGCAGGGUAACGUGUAA